AUGAUUGGAGCAAUGGUGAAGGAUGGUGUUACUAUAACUUCAUCUAGUCUAUGGUGUUCACCUGUGGUUCUGGUACAGAAGCAGGACGGCAGCAUGUGGUUCUAUGUUGACUACCGCUGUCUGAACGAUGUUACGAAGAAGGACAGCUAUCCCCUGCCAAGAAUUGAUGACUUGCUGGACAUACUUGCAGGAGUAAAGUAG